UAAGAAUCCGGGCUGGGCAUUCCAGAGCGGGCGAGAGAUGGCAAGAGCUUUGGCGGCGGCUCGUUUGGGAUUCCGACGCCUCUUCUCCAUCUCCGCCUUCACCCCUCCUCCUGCUGCCGCCCCUCCCCCGAAGGCAGAACCCUCGACGAACCUAUUCGUAUCAGGCCUGAGCAAACGAACUACUUCCGAGGGGCUUAGGGAAGCCUUUUCAAAGUUUGGAGAAAUUGUCCAUGCUAAAGUUGUAACUGAUCGAGUUUCGGGAUAUUCAAAGGGUUUUGGUUUUGUGAGAUAUGCCUCAAUUGAAGAAGCAUCUGAAGGCAUAAAGGGAAUGGAUGGGAAGUUUCUUGAUGGUUGGGUUAUUUUUGCCGAGUAUGCUCGACCAAGACCACCGCCUUCUCAAGAUCAACCAUCACAGCCACAAUCAAACUAUGGAUCUGCGCCAUUUUCUCAAUCUAACGCAUAUUAUACAUCAGCUGCCACAUCAAACUAUUCAUCACAGACAUCAUCACCGCCGCCAUCACAGCCGCAAUCAAACUAUGGGUCAGCACCAUUAUCUCAAUCUACCCCAUAUUAUACAUCAGCCGCCACAUCAAACUAUUUAUCACAGGCAUCAUCCCCGCCACCGCCGCCGCCGCCGCAAUCAAACUAUGGAUCAGCACCAUUGUCUCAAUCUUCCUCAUUUUAUACAUCAGCUGCCACAUCCAACUAUUCAUCACCUCCGCCGCAGCCACAGAACUCUUACUAUUCCCCUCAGGCAACACAACCUCCAUUAAGCAAUUCCUAUUAUGAAACACAGACUACACAACCUCCACAGAGCUAUGGUGGUUCAGUGCAGUCACAGUCAGGCUAUGCGUCGAGCUAUCUCAACCAUUCAAAUGGGUCGAUGCCUCCAUUCAAUCAUUCAUCUGAGAUGUCUCAGCAGACUUCGAAUUCAUCGACGAUGCACUCAUGGUAUUCGUCGCAGACUACACAGCCUGCAAGCCACUAUGAAUCUGCACCAGCUGUUAAUUAUUCUUCCGCGGCUCCACAUCAAACAAAUAAUUACACUACUCAGAACUCAGAUCCUGCAUCAGGCUAUACCCCCACUCAAAACAAUUCAGCAAGAAAUUGUGAGACGUUUGAGCCUUCCCCUGAACUGCGGUCAGACUAUGAGUCUGGAAGGGCUGCCAACUACUAGGAUUAAAUCUCUCUUUUCUCUCUAAAAUUUAUGUAAGGUAAUUUAAACUUUUAGAACUACGGAGACUGCUUUUAUUAGAAGUUUUGUUGAUGCUGUUGUUUUUAGAAUAUUACGGUGGAUUUAUGGACUACAGAGACUUGAUAAGUUUGCUGCUGGUGCCGUUCUUAUGAAGUUAUUUUAUGAUGGCUGCUGUAA